AUGGAUCCCGAUGACUACAGAGAAAAGUCCUGCGUGUUAGAGUCUACAGUAAAUAACGAAAUUGCGAAUAAACAGAAGCUUAGUGAAGAGAAGAAAACUACCAUCGGUACCAAACUCAACCCGUUCUCUAUUACAAGUAUCUUAAACCGCGCGGAUCCAGAAAAGAGCCCGUUCUCGGCUGUCUCUCACCGUUCGGAAUCAAGUAAGGAGGCUUUUUCAAAUGUCUUCUGUCCUGCUAAUUCAAUAAAAAGGCUACCAAUGCCACUAUUCAACGGAGAAUCUUCAUUAACAAGACUAUACUAUGAUCCUGUGAUCCAGUCUGUGAUCCGGCCCGGCGUAGUGGCCUCGUUUCCAGGCCAACUGUCCAGAAAAAACAAUUUUUCCUGGUACCCCUGGGUUACCAAAGACGUCACCUACGCCGUUAAUUUAUGUGACAGAGAAGCGGAUAAAAUGAGGACCAGCAUUUCUCCGACUCAAACAACGCUCCCUGACAGAGAGCGUCUACCGAUGGAUGGAGUACGGGCAACUAUCCAGCAUCAGACUUGCGAUGGUCCUCAAGGUCACAACGAAGAGGAUGACAAUGAAGAAGAUAAAGCGAAACAAAAUCGACGGAAGAAGAAGACGAGAACCGUGUUCACCCGAAGUCAGGUCUUUCAGCUCGAGUCCACUUUUGAUAUGAAACGUUAUUUGUCCAGUUCGGAACGCGCGGGGCUAGCGGCCUCUCUUCACCUGACCGAGACACAAGUUAAAAUUUGGUUUCAGAAUCGCCGGAACAAGUGGAAGAGGCAAAUAGCUGCCGACCUUGAGGCUGCUAACAUAGCACACGCCGCCGCUACUCAGAGGGUCGUCCGUGUCCCCAUUCUCUACCACGACAAUAACACUUCCACCAACGGUUCACACUCCCCCGAAAACAAGGGUUUCAGCAGCAGUCCGCAGACUAGCAUUCCUUCUUACCACCCACUCUACUAUCACCCAUCCUACACCCACAGUAUAUCAGCCACCAUUCGCCCUCUGACGUCUCUGGUGUGA